AUGCAAAUCCCAGUGCCAUUCGACACGUUACGGCAGGGCAUCGAACAGCCCAUAGUUAUCCGCAGUGCAGCCACCUCGGUUGCAAUAUUCAUAGGCUGGUAUCUCUUCUGGCACUUCUCUGGUUACAUCAAGACAAUACGCCAAAGAGCUUAUGUUCUAUCGCUCCUCAGCAGCUUUACGACUACCAUAGCAUCAUUUCCACUAGUGUGGGACGUUAUACGCAACAAUGGAGACUUCCAGGUACUGAUGCUUCCCGAAAGACAAUGGCCGAUUGCUGUCACAACUUUCUUCUUGACCUUCUUGACACUUGACCUUGUUAUUGGCUCAGUCUUAUAUCGCUCGAAAAUCGAACUAUUGACUGGCUGGAUUCACCACAUCGUCUAUUUUGGCACUCUCAUAUGGGUUAUUCAGCACAAGUAUUGUAGUGCAUUCGUGACCAUGUGUGUUCUUGAGGCACCCACUUUCCUCCUUGCCCUGGGCUCAAUCAACAAACGACUGCGUCACGACUACCUAUUUGCUGCUACCUUUGUGACGUCUCGCAUUGUCUUUCAUGCUUACAUGAUCUAUAAUGCCUAUGUAUUUUUGCCUUAUGGUCACAUUGGAGGCACUUUGUUUGCCUUCUUUCCAUUACACUGCUAUUGGUUUUAUGGCUUCAUCAAACAACAACAACGCAUCCGCAGUCAACCAAAGAAGGGGAACAAAGAAUCUUCAGAUAAGAUGGUUAGCACGCCUGCCGCAGAUCAGAAAAAACAGCAUGUGUCGCCUUGUACAGUUAGUCGUACAAAACACCAAUCCAAGACUGGUGUUUCUGUACAGUACAGCAUUUCUAAAAAUUCUUCUGUGAUUGAUCGCCUGGCGUUGAGGUUACCAGAAACACUCCAACGUGAACUUCGUCUUCGAUAUGGAAACGGUAUACCAUAUCUUGGCGGAACUAAUGUGUAUACCAACCAUGAACACACAAAUCACGAGCCCUCGGUUGUUUCGGUACACUAA